AUGAAGAGAAAUAUCCCGAACGAGCAGUACGGAUAUCAGCGCAAACAUCCGCGCUACGCUUCCCAGGAUCAGCAUGGAAGGCGAGUAGAUAUGGUGACGACAGCAGAUAGAACUGACGUAGACCGUGCAGUGGCUUCACAGAAGGCUACUCGCACCAAUCACCGCCAGCUGCAAGGCCACAAGAAGGCUACCAAUCACAAGGACAAUUAUAGAUGGCAGAAAGACUACGAGGAUUACCAUCGUAGCGGCAGAAACAUUGACUAUGGCAAAAGCUAUGGCAAGAACCACAGCAGCUAUAGCAACAGGUAUAACGGAAACAACAUGAAUGAUCAGAAGAAUCUUAACGACUAUGCUAACGCCAUGAAUCCUAACAAUAAGUACAACCCGAGUAGCCCGAGGAAAAACCAAUCUAAGAAUAAGACUAAAAAGAAGAAGCCCAAUAAUAACAACAGCAACAACAUACCACCGCAGAGUCGAAACUUAACGCCCAGCAGUCACAUUGAUAGACCAGACUUUGAGCACAGGAGCAUGCAGCCAUUUGAUGGCGAUCCAAUCGAUAGGCACAUCGAUAAUGUGAUGCGAGGGGCUGGUGGAGGUGAUAGAAGGUCCUCCUACGGCUCUUUUUCUCAUUCAAAGUACUCUCACAAUGGACCCCAGCCUUCGACAAGCAGGGAAAUUUUACACCCUCCAACCAAGGGGACAGUGAUAGAAGGAGCUAGAAAUCGUUGGGUAGAGAAUCAGCUCAAAGCCCAAGCUCAAACGCAGUCAGAAACACACCAGCAACCUCCCUCAUCAAAGCCUCUAUAUCCAAUACCGCCACCGCCAUUGCCAAGUAAGCCACCUCCACCGCCAAAAGCUAGAAAUCUGUCUCCGAAGAAUCUUCCCUCUCCCAAGGAAGAAGACGUAGGCCCUAUAGUACUUGGCUGGCAUAAUUUACCACGCUUCGACUUAAAGGAAGUCGAUGAAAGCGCGUUCCAAGUGCCUGAUAACAUCACUGACUUCUACGACCGUCUGUGCCAAGUCGGUGAAGGCACGUACGGCAAGGUGUACAAAGCGAGGAACAAGGUGUCGAAGCUACACGUAGCUCUUAAAAGAAUCAGGAUGGAACAGGAGAGGGACGGUUUCCCAGUCACUGCUUUGAGAGAAAUCAAGCUGCUGCAGCAGUCACAUCAUGACAACAUUGUUAGGUUGCACGAGAUGCUAGUGUCAAAUGGCUCAGUCUAUAUGGUGUUUGAGUACAUGGAGAAUGACCUCACAGGCUUGCUGCAGCAUGGCCCACAUCUCUUCCAAUUGCAGCACAAAAAGUCGCUCUGCCAGCAAAUGCUGGCUGGCUUGUCUUAUCUCCAUUACCGGGGAAUCUUGCACAGGGACAUGAAAGGCUCGAAUAUCCUGAUAUCGAACAAAGGUGUACUCAAGUUGGCCGACUUUGGUCUCGCUAGAUUCUUUCACAAGCACCGCAAGGCGGACUACACCAACAGAGUGAUAACUAUCUGGUACAGGCCGCCUGAAUUACUGCUUGGUGCUACGAGCUAUGGUCCGGAAGUCGAUAUGUGGAGUGCUGGGUGCAUAAUGCUCGAGAUCUACACCACGAAACCCGUCUUCCAAGGUGAUAACGAGCUACACCAGCUAGAGAUUGUAUUCAAAAUGCUGGGCGCACCAUCUCAUCAGGACUGGCCAGGGUUUUCCAGCCUCCCGUGGUACGAAUUGGUGCGACCAACAGGCAAGCACUCGUCUGAGCGGUUCAGGGAGACCUUCAAGAGAUGGCUGACACCAGCAGGCUUAGAGCUCGCCCAAGCACUGCUGACAUUUAAUCCGCAGAAGAGGCUGUCGGCGAAAGAUGCUCUGCAGCUGCCAUUCUUCAAGUCGGAGGAACCGCUUCCAGAGCUCCCCAGCCAUCUCGGCGAACUUCAAGGCGAGUGGCAUGAGUUUGAGGCCAAGAGAGAGAAAGCACAGGCUAGACUGAAAGCUAAAGAGAUGGAGAGCAAGGAGGGAACUGAAGGAGAGACAGCUAGAGAAAAUAGUGCAUAG